AUGUGAUGACGAUUGACGUUUAUUUUCGACAAAAAUAUUCAACAAAUUUCAAACCUUUUUCUACAAAAUGUGAACCAGUUUUUACUUUUUAGUUAACAUAUUUGUCGAUAUAAAACUCAUUCGAAAAUAUUACAAUAAAUAUAUUCUCUAUUUAAAUAAGUUAUUUUCUUAGGUUAGGUUAUGGUCUAAAGUUUACCAACAAGUAACCAUGGAUCCUUUUAUUAUUGCAGCUGUUAUAAGCGCUAUUGUGAUUAUUCUCUUGUCGGUCACAUUUUUAAGAGGGUCACAAGUAAAACAACUACCUGGUGCAAGACCUAGGGCAGCAGUACAAAGAGAUGGAGGCCCUGGUAGAGUGCAGGCUGUCAGGAAUCAAAGAGCAAGGAUGAGAGCUAAUGCUGCAAGACAUCAAGCAGCUCUCAUUGAAGAGGAGCCGGGCGCAGCUGAAGAUGUGGAGGAGGAUGGCAUUCCAGAGGCAGAGAAGGUGGAGUUUGAUGACAAGAUGGGAGCUAAGAAACGUGCAAAGAUGGAAGCUAAGUUGGAAAAGAAGAAAGCGCGCGAAGCUGAAGAGCAGAUGCGGGAAAUAAAGAAAAAACGAGAUGAAGAAAUGGAGGAGGAAAAGAAGAAAGCAGAAGAAAAACGAGAGGAGGAAGAACGCAAAGCUGAGGAAGCGGCGCGAAAAGCGGAGGAGGAACGCAGGAGACGCGAACAAGAGGAGUAUGAAGCCAUGAAAGCGGCCUUCAGCGUGGAAGGGGAGGGCUUUGAUGAGGAGCAAGACCAGGACCAGGAUAACCUGCUCAAACGCUUCAUUGACUAUAUUCAGGCACAAAAAGUAGUUCUACUAGAAGACUUAGCAGGACAUUUCAAAAUCAAAACCCAAGCCGCUAUCGAGAGGAUAACGGAUCUACAAGCCUCUGGAGAACUAACGGGAGUCAUAGACGAUAGGGGAAAAUUCAUUUAUAUAUCGCAGAAAGAACUUGAGGAUGUUGCCAAGUUUAUAAAGCAGAGGGGGCGAGUGUCUAUUGCGGAGUUGGCAGAGAGUAGUAAUGAUUUGAUUAAUCUUAAUCCUGUAUCUGUGCUGUAAAUGAUUUCUGACACAAAAAUGAUAAGUACAGUAUAUUUUUUUUAAGAGUAUGUCGGCAAUCUUUGUUUUGAAAGUAGAUGUCAUUUCCGUAAUCAGCCGGUCGAUUGUGGAAACAUACAUCAGUAAUUAUUACAAUCUUAGAUUGAUAAAACAGAUAUUCACAUUAUUUUUCUACUUUUAUUAUUUUAUUUACCAUAGCUGGAAAUAUCAUAGAUUGACUUGCUAUAAUAGAAAAUCAAUAUAAGUUGUUCAUCUUUCAUUUGAAUUAAAUAUUGACUGUUUAUAUAA